CAGGAAGUUUAAAUGUAACACGUCUGCAAAAAGACUCCACUGAUUUGUCCCAAAUGUAUUUGUCUUGUGGAUUUCACUUAACAAAGAUGUGGCCGCCUAAACCGCACCACACCUUCAGAUGAGGUCAUUUUCUGCGCCUGGGUGCUGUUUUACGUGUCCUUUCUACUGGCAAUGCGAAGGAUGUGGACUGGAAAAUAUGUUCGCAGUCCACUUGCUCGUACUCUGUUCAUGAACAUGGUGACUGAGUGUGACAUUACUGGACAUGAUGCCCAGAAGUGGUAUCAUUGCUGUCCAGACAUGCUUGGAGAAAAAGUCCAGUCUGUGUUUGUGCAGAGCCAUCUGGAUGCUGAGACGCAAGAUUUUCUCCGCAGGAGUGUAGAGAAAUCCGGUUGGCUGUUCACCCAACUGUACCACUCGCUGUUCUCCACCAUUUUUAGCCCCAUUAUUUCUCGAACAUCGAUCAAUGGCUUUCUGGGACGGGGCUCCAUGUUUGUCUUUUCAAAGGACCAGUUUCGACAUCUCCUCCGGAUCAGUCCGGAAUGGAAAGCGGAAAGACUGUUGGAUCUGGGAGCCGGCGAUGGGGGAGUCACAGAAGUGAUGGGCUCUCAUUUUAAUCAGAUAUAUGCCACAGAAGUCUCUACGCCUAUGAAAUGGCAUCUCCAAAGAAAGAAUUACAGCUUGUUAGGAAUAGAUGAAUGGCAGAGAACAGGACUCCAGUAUGAUCUGGUCAGCUGUCUGAACUUGCUGGACCGGUGUGAUGAACCUCUAAAACUUCUGCAGUACAUUAAGCAAUCCCUGGUGCCAGGAACAGGGCGGCUCAUCCUUGCAGCUGUGCUGCCUUUUCAGCCUUAUGUGGAGACAGGUGGGAACUGGGUACGACCAAAGGAGUAUAUCAAAGUCGAGGGCAAAAUGUGGGAAGAACAGGUGACAUACCUGACCACAGAAGUGUUCCAGAAGAUAGGGUUUGAGGUGGAGGCGGUGACACGCUUGCCAUAUUUGUGUGAGGGAGAUAUGUACAAAGAUUACUAUGUGCUGGAUGAUGCAGUAUUUGUGUUAAAACCUCAAGAUUGAAGUUAUGCUUAUGUAACUCUUGUGGCAGUGCAGUAAAAUCAAUUUCUGUUCUUGAUCUGAAUUGUUUUUUAAUAUUAAAAUUAAAAGGGCUUAAUUUACCGCUAAGUAUAGAUGGAUGAGGUUAUGUGUCUGUUAUGUCUCAGGAAAAUGAAAACUUUGAGGAACACAUUAUACUUUGUUAUUCCAACUAAUGAACUGUACUGUAAUUGUACUGAAGGUGUAGGAGGCACUUCCUGUUUAUGAAAAAGCACAAAAAAUACAACAUAUUAGUUUUGUGAAUAUGGGGGUAUUAAGAACUCCAAAUCUCUUUCUUUGGUUUUCUUGGUGACAUACAGGUGCAUCAACAAAUUAGAAUGUCGUGGAAAAGUUCAUUUAUUUCAGUAAUUCAACUCAAAUUGUGAAACUUGUCUAUUAAAUAAAUUCAGUGCACACAGA